AGGACCAUUGAUUUGGGAAAACUCAGGCAGGCAUGUAUAUUUGUAUGAUUCUGACAGUGUAGCUGUUUGUUUUCCAUUUGAUUUUUCCAGUUGAAGUCCAUACAGAUAAUAUUUCGAGUAUUACUUUUGCCUUCGUGUGUUCAUUGUUUUAUCUCCAACCAGGAGAAUUUACCAGGACGGAACUACACUUUCUGGCAGUGGUUUGAUGGCGUGAUGGAAGUGUUAAAAAAACAUCUCAAGCCUCAUUGGAAUGAUGGGGCUAUUUUGGGUUUCGUGAAUAAGCAGCAGGCCCACGACCUACUCAUUAACAAGCCAGAUGGGACCUUCCUGCUGAGAUUCAGCGACUCUGAAAUUGGUGGCAUCACCAUUGCUUGGAAGUUUGAUUCUCAGGAAAGAAUGUUUUGGAACCUGAUGCCGUUUACCACCAGAGACUUCUCUAUCCGGUCCCUGGCCGACCGGCUGGGGGACCUGAAUUACCUUAUCUACGUGUUCCCUGAUCGGCCAAAAGAUGAAGUGUACUCAAAGUAUUACACACCAGUUCCAUGCGAGCCUGCCACUGCUAAAGCAGUGUUUAGAGAAAAGUUUAUAGCUGCUCAGUGGCCGGAUUUCCCUGUUGUGAGUGAGGCCCAGCCCUUUAAAGCCAUGGCUCCGUCUUUCUGGCCUGCUGUGUACUGA